AAAAAAAUGCUCUAAUUAUCCAGCUGCUUGUGGAGUAUUUUGCCGCGGCGGCGGUUUCUGGUGGAAGACAAGCUGAGCAUUUAGAAGACUGAGUGUCCUCAGAUUUUUGCAGAGCAGCAUGUUUUAGUUCCAGAUCCUGGCUGUGUGAUACGUGGACAUGGCGAUCUCACUCUGCGUGGCUCUGCUCACCACCGUUCCCCUUCUCUGGCUUGUGAGGGAGACGGACGGGAUGCCUGACCCAGCUCGCAGAGACCUGCUGAUGCGUGAGGAGACUUCCCGGCAGACUGGAGGUCUGCUAACGCUGACAGCGGCGGAGCAGAAGCUAGACACUCGCCUCCACCAGUUAAAGGAGCGGGAGAUGUCUGCUGCACAGUUUCCUCCUGCAGUCCACUUCUUUAAGGUGAAGACGCUCAUCGAGAAGAGCCCGAUCUUCAAGCUGCUGCAGAGGAUGCCUAAAGGCGCCGCCCUCCACAUCCACGGCUCGUCUGUGGUCGGCGUGGAAUGGCUGGUGAAAAACGUCACCCACCGACCUCACUGCUACAUCUGCUUCACGUGGGACAACUCUGUCCGCUUCCUGUUCUCGGACCGCCAGCCCUUCCCUCGAUGGGACUGCUUCUACUGGCAGCUGCUGGAGACGUUACGAGCCAAAAUCGGAGACGAUGCGGGAUUUGAUAACAGUUUAAUGCAGCACCUAACGCUGUUCACCGAGGAUCCAGACGGGGAAUAUCCAAACCAGGAUGUUGUGUGGGAGAAGUUUGAGAAGGCCUUCAUCGCGGCAGCCGGACUCAUCACCCACGCUCCAGUGUUGAGGGAUUACUACCGUCAGGCUUUAGAGGAGCUUCACAAAGACAACAUCAUGUAUCUGGAGCUGAGGAGCGGUCUGUCACGGACGUAUGAGCUGGAUGGGACCAUUCACGAUAAGACCUGGACUCUGAAAAUGUUUCAGGAGGUUACAGAGAAUUUUAAGAGGGAUCAUCCAGACUUUCUCGGGGCGCGGAUCAUAAUUUCAGUUCACAGGGCUCUGAGUGUUUCUGCAGUCACAGCAGCUGUCAAAGAGGCCAUCCAGCUAAAGAUGGAGUUCCCUGAUGUGGUUGCGGGGUUUGACAUGGUCGGCAGGGAGAACGACGGCAGGACUCUUUGGUACUUCAGAGAGGCGCUCUCUCUGCCGGCCGACAUCGGUGCAUCGCUGCCGUUCUUCUUUCACGCCGGGGAGACGGAUGAUGAAGGCACCGAUGUAGAUCAAAACAUCCUGGAUGCUCUUCUGUUUAACACCACACGCAUCGGGCAUGGCUACGCAUUGGCACACCACCCGCUCGCCAAAGAGCUUUCCAGGAAAAGAAAUGUAGCUGUAGAGCUUUGUCCCAUCUCCAACCAGGUACUGAAGCUGGUGUCCGAUCUGAGGAACCACCCUGCAGCUGUGCUGAUGUCCGAGGGCCACCCGAUGGUGAUCAGCUCUGACGAUCCCUCUCUGUUCGGCACGUCGGGGCUCUCCUACGACUUUUACGAAGCCUUUGUCGGAAUCGGGGGACUGAAAGCAAAUCUGGGAACUCUGAAGGAGCUGGCGCUCAACUCCAUCAGAUACAGCUCCCUGCCAGCUCACCUUAAGGAUGUUGGUCUCACCACUUGGCAAAACAAGUGGAACGCCUUCGUUUCGGAGAACUCGUGACAACCAAAUUAUAAUCGAUCCUGUUUGACUUGAAUGAUAUUUGUAUAAUCAAUAAAAAUCACAUCCUCA